AUGACAACUUUUAAAACAUUCAUCGUGCUUCUGUCAAUUUCUGCGUUUGUUGUCGAUGCCGGCACUCCGGGCACGACAAGAUGCGAGGAGAAACACAAUCUUUCGCAUGAAACACUCGUCGCUUUCGACAAUUGGCAAGUUCCGAAGGAGUUUCGGACAAAGGAUGAAAACUGUCACAUGCAUUGUGUCUUUGAGGAACUCGGUUGGAUGAAAGGACACACAAUUAUGGACGAUCAAAUUAACUCCGAUUUAGACCCAUAUGACAACGAUUUCACGACGCAUUUGCGAACUUUGUUGUUUGAAGACUGCGAAAUUUGGGAAGAUGGCAAACGAGACAAGUGCAAAAAGGCGAAUGAAGUCUACAAGUGUCUUGCUGAGGGAUAUAAGCCACUCGAUGUGCUCAAAAAAGCGUUCGAACGUGCCAAGAAACGCUCAGAACAAUAAUUUGUGGUCAAUUUUCGACAUUAAUUGACAAUCAAAACACUUCCGCAUUUAAAUUUUCCUCCCACGCAACAAUUUUCAACAAAUUUCGCAAUAAAACGAGACGAGAAUUGGAUUUUGCUUCGUCUAAAAAAUC